AUGGAUUUACUUAUAGAGUAUUUCAAGGGAUUGAAUAUUUAGUAAGGCGAAGAUCCUGAUUAAAAAGAAGUUAUUUUAAUAGAUUAGUUUAUCGCUGAUAACAACCAAUUGUACGAAUUUAAGUCAAAAGAGCAUACCACAUUGACUUAGGAAAUUCUCUACAAAAGGAUUUGUAAUAGGGAAUGGCUUUAGUCUUCGAAUUCCAUAAAUUUACUUAAGAUUCUAUAGAUAAUUCGUUUGUUAUCUAGAGAUGCAAACAUAUUGAAAUUUUUAAUGCAUGAGUUGAAGAACAUUCUUGAAAUAUUAACUGAAAUUAUAGCUGAUUCUUCAUCAAAAAUAACAGGAUAAGUUGGUGAAGAAGAAGGCAUUAAGGAUAUUUAAGAAAUAAACACAGCCAUAUCAAUCAACAUAGAGAUUAUUCGUAUUUUUAAAAGACUCAAUUGUCCUGAAAUCUAUGAAAACAGGAGAGUGUUUACCAAUGUAAUUGAUUUGAUUUCAGUUAACAAUUCUUUGCUUCUUAAAACUCUACUUGAUUUCAUACUGCAUUUCUUUUAGUUUAUCCCUGAUUAAAUGAGAGAGUUCUAUAUAUCUGAAUUCGGCUAGAUUUAUUACAUAGGAAAAUUGCUUUUUGUAUGUGAAAAAUAUGACGAAUCUUUCAAAAUGUCAGCUAUAAAUAUUUUAACUAAGUUAAUGAAUAACUAAAUAAUAAGCGAUAAUUUCAGAAGAAUCCAAGGAAUUGGAACUCUCAUAUAAGAACUAAAAAAAGCUAAAUCACUGAAUCUAAAAAUUUGUAUAUUAAAUUGCAUGUAUCAAUUGCUUUAAAAAACAGAAAUUGUUUAUGACUUCAAAGUGUUUGGAAUAGUCCCAAUCCUUCUUAAUAUUUUAAAAAAUGGUAAAAACUUCAUGGAAGUUCUAUUGACUAUUGACAUUCUCAGCUUGCUUAUUAUGGAUGAUGAUCUUUCUGUUAAAAUUAUUAAUUCUGGUCUUCAAAGCGUCACUAAAUUCUUGAUAGGCUGCCAUCCCAUGAGAAAAAAGAAAUUGAUAUUUGAAGACAUCAAACCCGAAUAAUUAAAUGAAGCAAUAUUUGAACUAGAGUUAAGAUGCUUUAAGCUCCUAAGAUUCCUUUUUUCAAUUGAAAAAAAUAGAAAAAUCUUCAAGCUCCUCUUUCCAACAAAAUUGUUUACCACAUUCAUUGAUAUCGGAAACUAUUAGAAAAACUACUCUAAAUAUAAAAACUUGGCUGAAGAAUUUAAUCUUUUAAAAGAAGAUGAACUGCUCAAAAUUGAGAAGAAUUUAGUAGAAAUAGAUAAAGAUUUAGCUAUUACAAAUGACUCAAAGGCUAAAACUAUGACAUAGUUUGGAUCUUAUACAUUAGUAGAAAUGAUUGGAAAAGGCGCUUUUGGUACUGUUUAUUUGGUUAGAAAAGGAGGUAACAAGUAUGCAUUAAAGCAAAUACCUUUUUCUAAUGUAGAUCUUAGAGAUAAGGAUGGUAAACCACAAGAAGAAGUCAAGAUAAAUGAGAAUAAUUUAGAAGAAUAUUUUAAGGAAGUAAAGAUAUAUAAAACACUUAAACAUCCUAAUAUUGUAACUUACUACGAAUCUUUCAUAGAAGAUGAUUGUCUGUGUAUUGUUAUGGAAUUCGUGGAGGGCUUUAAUCUUUCAGAAUUGAUUAAAUUACAAAUAGAAAAGCAAGAUCAUUUCAGUGAAAAGCAAAUAUGGAAGGUUGUUGUAAAUCUCUCUUCUGUUUUAAAAUAUUUACACUAUGAUAAAAAAAUAGUUCAUAGAGAUUUAAAUCCUGCUAAUAUUAUGAUUGACAAUGAAUUUAAUGUUAAGCUAGCAGAUUUUGGUUUAGCAAAAACAUUAAAUUAAUCUGUCAAUAUGCUUUAGUCAUUUGUCGGAACUUUGAUGUAUUCUUGUCCAGAAAUCGUUCAAAACAGACCAUAUUCUGAAAAGGCUGAUGUAUGGUCUUUUGGGUGUGUUUUGUAUGAGCUGAUGAUGCUAAAGCCUCCCUUUUAAAGCGGCAAUCCUUUAAUGCUGGCCAAAAAGAUAGUGGACUUGGAAUAUGAAGCUAUUACUAAAGCCAAUGCACCUCAAUACUCCUAAGAGCUUAUAGAAAUAGUAAGUAGGUGCUUGACAGUAGAAGAAAAGGAACGACCAAGCAUCUUAGAAAUACUUUCUUCAAUUUCUAGUUAACUGGUUUAGCAUAUAGAUCUACUGAAAGAUAAGGAGCAGUAUUUGAACUAGGAAAUUAUUCUUUUAACUAGAAAAAUGAACCAAAAAAAAGCGAACGAUUUCUCUAUUUUCGAUAAUGAUAAAAAAAAACCAUUGAUUAAAAUAGAACCAAGCAAUUUGCAUAAAAUAGAGGAUGAUCCUAUCAGCAAGUUCCUCUCGAUUAUAUAAAAGAUUUCAUACAUAGCCAAUUACUCCUCCCUCCAAAAAAAUAAUUAUAAAAAAUUCUUAGUAGAUCUUUUUUAUAAUAAAGUCAUUUUAAAUAAAGAAGAGAAUGCCCAUUACACUCUUAAAUCAGAAAUAUAACAUAUUCUUAAUUUAUCUAAGAGCAACGUGCAAUCUCUAAAUAUUAAAUUUGACAUUAACUAAAAAUAGCACCAAAAUGUUUCGUACGAGAACCUUUACUUUUACAUAGAAGAACUGUAUAGCAGUUUCUAAAAGUAAUGA